AUGAACUCGAAUACAUCCUACAAGCCAUCUCCUCUAUCCUUUAAUUCCCCCCGAGCCUCUCCCUUUCGGCGACCGUCAUCACCCGGCUCGCCGACAACAGCGAUCCGAGCAAGCACUCCCACCAGCUCUCCCGGAAGAGGCCCAACACCGGUGCAGUCGCCUAGCAAACUAAACCAGUCGUAUACUAUCGGCGAUACGGAGGGAACAGUGGUUGAAGACGAUAACCAACCGAUUCCGUCGCCGAGGUCUCCCAGAUUUCGCGAGCCACCCGCUUCGCCUACAAAGAAUACCAACAACGGGCGAGGAAGCUUUUCGUCGUUGACGGCGUCGCGACUGUCGCGUUCGAAUCUGGGCAACACUGAUACUCUGUCGAAGCUGCCGUCGGCGCAGUUGAGGGAUAUGCGAGAGGCUUUUCAAGUGCUCGAUCGAGACAACGAUGGCAAUGUCGAUCGGGCCGAUGUCGCCGAUAUUCUCUCAAAUCUGGGCCAGGACUCGUCGUCCAGUGCGACAGCUCAAUUUUUCCCGGCUGGAGCAGCACAGACAAUGAACCUACCGACAUUUCUGAAUACAAUUUCAUCACUUCUGGCGCCGCUGUCUUCUCGAACAGAACUGCUCAACGCCUUCGCGGCCUUUGACGAUGACGAUAGUGGACAGGUGGACAUUGCCGAGCUGCGUGACGCUCUUCUACACACCAGCCCAGAAGCCGGAGAAAGUCCGCUGACUGAAAGAGAGGUCGACGACGUCCUCGGUGGAUUCACGGGGCGAAGAGCAUUUGGCGGCAAAGGGAAAUCAGCAGGUCUGAAUGGAGUGAAACGAGGCGAAGUUUUCCAGUAUCCAGAAUUCGUUAGCAGCGUCAUGGGGGGCGCAGAUAAUGGUUCAGGGGCUGGGAACAGAGCGGACACGCCUACGAAAGCUUAG